AUACUGACCAACUGUGUGGUUCACAAUAAACACCUGGAAGGGAGUGUAGAAAGUUUACGAAGAGAGGCAUCUACGCAUUUGCGAGUAAACACAAGUUAUCAAAGCACAAUAACAAUGUCAACAGAGAGCCACCAAGCCCCAAUAAUGUGGGCGACAAGCAACAAACUAACGUGUGCACAUACGAACACAUUUAUUGACAAAUGCCAAAUUUCUUACUAAAUAGCGCAACUCAAUUGCAUGGCUGCCUAGAACGCUAUAAUCAGUCAAUGGCCGGCCGCUGGAUGUGCGAGGAAGCAAAUCGACAAGAGCGCUUAUUGGAAAAAUAAGUUGGCGAGAAAUUAAGGCGUGCAGAAAGGAUUUGUACAACAAAAGUGGCAGGAGCGUAGGAACGUCGGAGCGUAUAGCUAAAGUAAUUUAGUGUGAAUAUAUUUUUGUGUUUAUAUAAGUAUGUAAAUAUGUAAUUGUGAAGUCGAUAAGCAAACAAUAGCUGUAAUUACUUUGUAUGAAAUGCAAGACGAGCAGAGCUUUCGAUUUGCAGAAAUCGUGGACAACUAGGGAAAUAUUUGUAUUCUGCAAGAUUAUGAAACCCAAGAACAAUUCGUAUGUGUCUGUCGAAAGUGCAACAACUAAACAAGAAAAAUUGUGAAUAAUUGCGAAAUUUAUAUAAGUGCAGUGUGUAGAAGCGAAUCACAAUAUUUCCUUGCUUGCAUACAAAUUUGCACAGUGUGAACGUUAUAAACAUAAAUAUAAUAAUUUAAUUACGUGAAAGAACGUAUGCCAAUUACGAACUAUUAAUAUAAAUUGAUAUUGAAUGCGCAAUGGCGCUUAUAAACUUUUAGUGCACACGUUUCCCACUACUGCUAAAAAGUACGACCAGUGGCUGUUGACUAUGGCUCUGGUUCUAGUUAUAGUACUUUUGCCGUUGUAGAUGCUUCCAGUUCAGGCUGAACUUGUUUAUAUAAAGCGAUUUGGACUUUGAGCAAGCGAACGUGUGCGGUCUCAGCGUCAAUUUAGUUUAUAAUUUAUGCAGAUACGCGUUUUGAAUACUAUUCUAUUUUCUAGCGGCUGAACACAAUUUGUUGUAUGUGCGCAAUCUAAUACCCUGAACAGGGUAUAUUAAGUUUGCUACAAAGUUUUGCAACAUUUCGAAGGAAACGUAGAAGACCCUAUAAAGUAUAUACAUACAUAUAUAAAUGAUCAGCGUUACGAACUGAAUCGAUUUAGACAUGUCUGUCUGUCUGUAUAUGGUAUACGCGUACUAAUCCUGCAGAUUUUGAGUUAUCGAUCUGAAAUUUUUUCCCUAAGAAGCUGCUCAUUUGUCAAAACCGCCGAUAUUGGACCACUAUAGCGUAUAGCUGCCAUAUAAACUGAAGAAUCGGAAUCAAGUUCUUGUAUGGAAUCUUUUAUAUUUGUGAAGAAUAGCUUUGCAAUCGAAGUUAAUCUUUGUUCUUGUUUUUAUUAAAUUAUGUUUGAUACAAUCAUUUUAAAUUAUAUAGGUACUCUUUGAUGUACUGAACUUGUAUACCUGUGUUAAACUUUAACUUAUGGACAAUAUCUAAAUAGUUCUUUUUAUCACAAACGCCUAAAAUGCAUUCAAAACGCGUUGAUUACAAAAAUAAAAUAAAAAUGAUAAGAGUGACAGCAAAGCUUGACAAGUAAACAAUAAAAAUUUACAGUGUGGUGAAAUUGAACAACUAGUGUGUUAGAAUUUGGUAUUUUAUUAAGAGGUCAAAUGCAAGUCAGAAAAAACGCGUUCUUUUUUGUGAUAAUUUUUUAUAAAAAGGCGUUUGUUGUAAAAAAAAAACAGAGACCGCAAAUAAUGAUUAUUGUUGCGAUUUUUUAAUGAAAAAUUCAAUUACUUACAAUCGACAUACAAAAAAAAAACGGAUAAUGACACGUUAAUCCUUUUUCGACGAUCUCAGCAUUUCGGUGAUGAUUGUUUUAAUUCGUAUUUUUAUAAUUUCCUUCACCGAUAACGAUUAAUUUUGAUAAAUAUUAUAAUAUAUCAUAAUUGAGAAAAAAAAUAAGAAUUGAUAUGCAAUUAUUAUUUUUGAGCAAAACAAAAAAAAUCAUAAAUAAUGAUUCUUUGUGAUAUUGAUUUUUGUUUUUUUGCUCAAAUUAAAACUAAUUUUUAGAUUACAAGUUUCUUAUAUAGGUUUUUGCUAACUACGUUGCAUGUUCUUUUAUAACAAAUCAUCUUCCCUCCGAAAAUUAGUAAAAAUAAUAUCAAGAGCUACGCAUUAAACUAGGGCCUUGAAAAAUCACACACAGGAUAUAUGUCCUGAUUUGCAUGAGUACAGCAAAUUGCAUUAUCGGAUUCGGAUGCAAAACAUGAAAGUUACUCAAAAAUUAGUUUCUGUCGUCAAAUACGGGUGUAGCGGCAACGAGCUCAUCGAAAUAAAAAUUUCUUACCAAAUUUUUGUGUUAUUCACAAAAGAGAAAAGAAAGAUGUACUUUGUACUAAAAGCGCAUGCAACACGGUUAGCAAAACUUUUCAUAAAACAAAAGUAAGCUUUAUUUCGAACAAAAAUUAAAUAAAAAUCAUAUAUAUUCAUUAGUUGUGAGUUUUAUUCUUUUUGCUCAAAAAUAAUAAUUAUUUACGAUUUAUUAUAAUAUUAAACAAAAUUAAUUAUAAUUGGUGAAGAAAAUCGUAAAACUUAUAAUGAUUACGGUCUCUGAAAAAAAGUUGACAUUUAAUGUAUUUAGUUUGAUAAAUUUUGAAUUCCCAUAUAACCGAUAUUUCGAAAAAAGAUGUCUGGUGUUGCUCACGGUGCGGCAAUUCAAACACAUUACCAUUUGGACCGGCUAUUUGCGUGGACACGCACAACUUAAUCCAAUAAAAUAUUAACAGUAAGCACAAAUCGAAUAUGCUAACUAAAGUCUUCCGUAUGGUGAUGCUUGGUGCGCCUGCCUCAGGUAAAGGUACUAUUUCGAAACGUAUUGUUGAUAAAUUCGGUUUCGUACACAUUUCACCUGGCGACAUGUUGCGACUGAAUGUGUUGCACAAUACCGAGCUGGGUAAGAAGGCGAAAAAAUUCAUGGAUGAGGGCAAACUGGUGCCAGAUGAUAUUGUCAUGAAAUGUGUGCUCAGUCGCAUUACCGAGGUGGGCAACAAAUCGUGGAUGCUCGAUGGAUUUCCACGUACGCUGGCGCAAGCUGAACGUUUGAGCGCCAGUGAACCGUUACAUGCGGUUAUUAAUUUAGAAGUGCCACACGAUGUGAUCAUAGAACGUGUAAAGGGACGUUGGAUUCAUUUGCCAUCCGGACGCGUUUAUAAUGUGGGCUUCAAUGAUCCCAAAGUGCCGGGUAAAGACGAUGUGACCGGCGAGGAUUUGGUGCAACGGGACGACGAUAAACCCGAUGUGGUGGCGCGUCGUUUGCAAGUUUACGAGGAGAUGUUGCGGCCAGUGUUUGACUAUUAUCAGAAACAAGAACUGAUCACUAACUUUAAGGGACGCACUACCGCUGAAAUAUGGCCGCAGGUGGAGAAAUUCCUAUUGCAGAAGACGAAGUCAGCAGUUGCAAAGAGGGUUUGAGGCUGUGAGACGUUACAAAAAAUGUUAAGGAUAUGUUUAUGCGAGUAUUGUAGUUGUGUGCUUGUGGGGAUGCACAAAAGCCACUUUACUUAAAAACGUGUUGGAACCAAGAACAAUAAUUGUAAACGUUAAUUAACGAUAUAUACAUUCAUUAAUACAUACAUACAUUUAAGUAUGCUCAAUAUAUAUAUAUAUGUAUUUACUAGUUUUUUGCUGCUCUUUAGGCGCCGAUCACUAGUGUAGCUUUACAUAUUUACAUAUGUAUUAUUGGAAAUAUUAUUGAUUUUUUUUUUUGGUUAAUACUAUUUUUUUGUAACUACUUUGUAGUAUGUGUAUACGUUUUUCGUGUGAUUAGAAAUUAUGAACGCUAACAGAACAAUAAUUUGAAGAAAACGAAAUGUACUUGUGCUCUAAAAAAUAUAAUAAAAAUGUUUAUAUGCAAAAAU